GGGCGGGGGGCGGCUCCUGCCUGGAAGCAGCUGGACUUCCUCCCUCCAGCCGCCUGUCUGGGUCAUCGCGUCUGUCCGUCCCUGGCCCCGUCCUCCGCCCAGCAGCUGUCUCUCCCCUCGCCUCUCGCCCCGCUGGGUGGCUGCCAUGGGCCGGAAGAGGAGGCUCAUCACCGACUCCUUCCCCAAAGUGAAGAGGAGGAAACGCCGGCCGAGGCCUGGCAAAGCGCACCGGCCGCCCGAGCCAGGGCUGCGAGGGGAGGAGACGCUUGCAGCCCAUGGGGACGAAACCCAUUUAGAGAUACUGAGGCAGUUCGACCUGGACAGGCACUUCGGACCCUGCACGGGGAUCACUCGACUCCAGCGAUGGGAAAGAGCAGAGCAGCUGGGCUUAGACCCUCCGCACGAGGUGCUGAAGGUGCUGCGGGCCCACCCUGGAGACCCCCUAUACCAGUUCAGCCUCUGGCACCUGUACCCCAUCUAAAGGAGUCAGUCAUGAAGCCGUGCCCAGGGCCUCACUGCCACUUUCCCAGGGGCCUUCAGGAUGGACAGGGGGCCCCCAAUGCUGUUUCUUCGAACCACCCUGUACUGGAGAGAUCUUGGGGGUGGAGACUGGGGUGGCAAGGAUCUCCUUGAGGAGAGGAAUAAAGCAGAGCCUCGGGACUCCCGGUGUGGGGGGAGGACUCCUCUGAUGGCAGCAGCCACACUGAUCUCUUACAGCCAGGUCUGGUUCAUCUGCAGUCUUUUUAAAAGCCAGCAGGCAGUCUUCCUGUCCCCCAAGUAAAACUCGUCCCUUUACCUCUUGCCAUCUGGCACAUCCAUCCCUGACCUGGGAUGCCGCAGAUUACAGGAGUUCUACAGGGCAAAGGGGGGGGGGGCCAAUGAGUGCCUGAGAAGCAGAUCUUGCCGGAUGGGUGGGGCUUCAAUGCGAUAUUCUAAUAAAAGUGAAGAAUUCUGGCA